AUGUCUGGAAAGCUGUGGUCCAAGGCUAUUUUUGCUGGCUAUAAGCGGGGUCUCCGGAACCAAAGGGAGCACACAGCUCUUCUUAAAAUUGAAGGUGUUUAUGCCCGAGAUGAAACGGAAUUCUAUUGGGGCAAGAGAUGUGCUUAUGUAUACAAAGCAAAGAACGACACAGUGACUCCUGGUGGCAAACCAAACAAAACCAGAGUAACCUGGGGAAAGGUAACUCGGGCCCACGGAGACAGUGGCAUGGUUCGUGCCAAAUUCCGAAGCAACCUUCCUGCUAAGGCCAUUGGACACAGAAUCCGAGUGAUGCUGUACCCUUCAAGGAUUUAGAACUAAUGAAAAGUCAAUAAAUACAUGUGGAUUUGUGCUCUUGUAUUUUUGUUAAGUGGAUUAGAAAACUUACUA